ACCGCUCCUGCAAACCCCGCUGCGGGCACUGCGGGGAACGUCCCCUAGGCUGGGGGCUGCGCUGGGGGCAGCAACGACCCCCUGCUUGCUCUGCUUCGCUUCACUUCGCUUCGCUCCGCUCUGCUUUGCUGGGGGAUGCGGGGACAGUAGCACCCUUGGCCGCACCAUGGCUGUCUACGCCCUCACGGGCUUCUCACUGGUCAGUUUGCUCAGCUUUGGCUACUUAUCCUGGGACUGGAUGAAGCCCGGUUUGGUGGCCGAUGUGGCUAUGGACCCCACGGAGAAGUCGCUGCCUCCUGCCUUCUCCAGGCCGCCUCACAUCGUCUUCAUUCUGACCGAUGACCAAGGCUACCAUGAUGUUGGGUAUCACGGCUCGGAUAUCCAAACGCCGACACUGGACAGGCUGGCAGCAGAAGGGGUUAAGUUGGAGAACUAUUAUAUCCAGCCUAUCUGCACCCCAUCCAGGAGCCAGCUGAUAACGGGCAGGUACCAGAUCCACACGGGCUUGCAGCACUCCAUCAUCCGCCCGCGGCAGCCCAACUGCCUGCCCCUGGACCAGGUCACCUUGCCCCAGAAGCUGCAGGAAGCGGGCUACUCCACGCACAUGGUGGGCAAGUGGCACCUUGGCUUCUACAAGAAGGAAUGCCUGCCCACCCGCCGGGGCUUUGACACCUUCCUGGGCUCCCUGACGGGCAACGUGGACUACUACACCUAUGACAACUGCGAUGGGCCUGGCGUCUGCGGCUACGACCUGCAUGAAGGGGAGAAAGUGGCCUGGGACCAGAGCGGGAAGUACUCGACGUUCCUCUACGCCCAGCGCGUCAGCAAGAUCCUGGCGUCCCACAGCCCCAAGGAGCCCAUCUUCAUCUACGUGGCCUUCCAAGCGGUGCACACGCCUCUGCAGUCGCCCAAGGAGUACAUCUACCGCUACCGCUCCAUGGGCAACGUGGCGCGCCGCAAGUACGCGGCCAUGGUGACGUGCAUGGACGAGGCCGUGAAGAACAUCACCUGGGCCCUCAAGAAGUACGGCUAUUAUGACAACAGCGUGAUUGUGUUCUCCACCGACAACGGCGGGCAGACCUUCUCCGGGGGGAGCAACUGGCCCCUGCGAGGCCGCAAAGGGACAUACUGGGAAGGGGGGGUCCGUGGCAUCGGCUUUGUGCACAGUCCCCUGAUCAAGCGCAAGCGCCGGACCAGCUGGGCCUUGGUUCACAUCACGGACUGGUACCCGACUCUGGUGAGCCUGGCAAGGGGCAACCUGAGCAACGUCCCAGGCCUGGAUGGCUACAACGUGUGGCCCGCCAUCAGUGAGGGCAAGGAGUCCCCGCGCACCGAAAUCCUGCACAACAUCGAUCCGCUCUACAACCACGCCAAGUACGGCUCCUUGGAGGACGGCUUCGGCAUCUGGAACACGGCCGUGCAGGCCUCCAUCCGCGUGGGCGAGUGGAAGCUGCUCACGGGCGACCCGGGCUACAGCGACUGGAUCCCUCCUCAGACCCUGACCAACUUCCCCGGCAGCUGGUGGAACCUGGAGCGCCUCACGGACGGCCCGCGCAAGUCCCUGUGGCUCUUCAACAUCAGUGCCGACCCCUACGAGCGUUACGACCUCUCGGAGCAGCGGCCGGACGUGGUGCGGGCCCUCUUGGGGAGGCUGGUGCACUACAACCGGACGGCCAUCCCCGUGCGGUACCCCGCUGAGAACCCCCGCGCUCACCCGGACUUCAACGGCGGCGCCUGGGGGCCCUGGGCCAGCGAGGACGACGCAGAGCAGUGGGAAGGGGGCGGGCAGCCCCUCAGGAACAAGAACAGGAAGAAGAAGUGCAAGAUCUGCAAGCUGCGCUCCUUCUUCCGCAAGCUCAACACCAGGCUCAUGUCAAACCGCAUCUGA